AUGUCUCAGCUUAGCUACGCCCGCUACGGCAAGGAUAAUGUCCGCCUGUACAAGGUCGACAAGGACCCCAAGACCGGCAUCCACACAGUUGUCGAGCAGACAGUGCGCAUCUUGCUCGAGGGAGACAUUGAGCAAUCCUACACCAAGGCAGACAACUCGGUAGUCGUCGCGACCGACACGCAGAAGCAGACCACCUACAUUCUCGCAAAGCAACACCCCAUCGACCCACCAGAGCAGUUCGCCGCCAUCAUUGGCAACCACUUCAUCAAGACCUACCCUCACAUACAUGCUGCCCACGUCAAGAUCAUCCAGCACCGAUGGACGCGCAUGUCCGUUGACGGCAAGCCUCACCCACACUCAUUCUACCGCGACGGCGAAGAGACGCGUGUCAUCGAGGCCGUAACCCGUGAAAACGAAGGCGUCUCCAUCCGCUCCAAGAUUGAGAAGCUGCUCGUCCUCAAGAGCACAGGAUCAGCAUUCCAUGGUUUCCAUCGCGACGAGUACACAAGACUACCCGAGACAUGGGAUCGUAUCCUGAGCACCGAGAUUGAAGCCGGGUGGCAGUGGAAGCUGUUCAAGACUUUGGAUGAGGUUAGCAAGAUUGACUUCGGCGCUGCAUGGAGAACUGCGCGAGAUAUCACCAUGAAGGUGUUUGCCGAGGACGACAGCGCGAGCGUGCAGGCAACCAUGUACAAAAUGUGCGAUUUGAUAUUGGCAGCUGUCCCCGAGGUUGAGGCUGUGGACUAUUCGCUCCCCAACAAGCACUACUUUGAAAUAGAUCUCUCAUGGCACAAGGACAUCAAGAACACAGGCAAGGACGCCACGGUUCUCGCGCCUCAAACUGACCCCAAUGGUCUCAUUCAGUGCACUGUCACCCGAAAGGGAACAAAGUCCAAGUUGUAA